AGUCGAUCAAAAACAAUGGCAGAGAACAAAGCAAGAAUAACCCACCAGCUUCAGUGUGUGAAACGAAAUUCUGGCAAGUCUUACGGUCAGAUAGCCAAGGAGACAGGCCUAACCAACGUCUAUGUUGCCCAGCUUCUGAGACGCCAAGCUCAGCUCAAAGCUGAAACUGCCCCCAAGUUGAGGGCUGCCCUUCCUGACCUGGCCGAGGACCUGAUUGUUGAGAUGAUGAGUCCGCCCUUAAGGUCCUAUGAUCCCCAGUUGAUUCAGGAUCCCACUAUUUACAGGUUGAACGAAGCAGUUAUGCAUUUUGGUGAAAGCAUCAAGGAGAUUAUCAAUGAGGAAUAUGGUGAUGGAAUUAUGUCAGCUAUUGAUUUCUACUGCUCAGUUGACAAAGUUAAAGGUGUGGAUGGUAAGGAUCGUGUAGUUCUGACAUUUGAUGGGAAAUAUUUGCCUCAUACUGAGCAGAAAUCGGAGCACAUGGUUUCCAGGUUGAAUUUAGGAUAGCCUCAUGCUGUAAAGCAGAUGAGGGUCUCAAACCUGCAGAUUGAAGAUGAUAAUAAUACAGCCUCAUGCUGAGCUCGGGUGUUGAAGAUUUUAUAUUUCCACUUUUAGCAUAAGCUCCAAGCACUACCCUAUCAAAAUAUAGUACUGUAUGUUGUUGCAUGGAAAUUACAUCACAUGGUAUGCAGGCUGCUACGAAGAUGAUGUGCAGCUUCAGCUCAUGUUGAUAUAGUGCUUUUUUCCGUUUCCUGUUAUCAAUAAACUCCUUAUAUUUGCCUAUAGGUCUGAUGCUGCUUGGCUAUGUUUAUGCAGAUUCUUAGUUGUAUAUUGUCAUAUGGAAGGCACAUCACUUGUUUUUGAGGCU